GUGACUCGAAAUUGACUCCACUUUCACUCUUUUCACGCCACUUCAAUACAAAGUGAUUAACGUCGCAGGUUAUGAGAGUAAUAAAAAGUCACUUCGGUAUCGAAGUGGCGUGAAAAGAGUUUCCCACUUCCACACGUUUUUGAUUGAUCUCUAGAUGAUCUCUAGAUAAAUGGCUCUGCUGUUUAUCUUUUUGGACUACUGCACUCUCCAUGAUUGGUCAAAAACCUAAACGUCAUCAAGCUAGCUACGUUUGGCGCGAAUUUCGAUAACGCUGCUCUCUGAGGAGAAUCUGCCUGUAACGUUAGCUAUCUAGCAGCUGACAUCAACCUAUUUAUUGAUCAACCUGAUCUUUUUACGUUCUACACCAAGUUCUAGACACCAAAUUGCAAAACAGUAUUUCUGCAUGAAUUGAGGAAAGAUGUUUUACUAUCCAAACGUUCUUCAAAGGCACACCGGUUGCUUUUCCACUAUUUGGUUGGCAGCCACCAAAGGGAUCAGGAUAACACGCAGAGAGCUUCUGAGGGUCAACGUUGGGCGGACAUGUGAGGACAUCAUGGAUUACGUGACGGUCCAGGUGGCUCCACUCUGCCCUGGUCUCCCUCGGCCUCGCUUCUCCCUCUACCUGUCCUCCCAGCUGCAGUAUGGGGUGGUUAUCGUCUACCACCGGCAGUGUGGUUUCCUUCUGGAGGAGAUCCAGCAGACCAUUGAGCGCCUGGUACGCUCUGAGAGACACGCACGCAUCGACCUGGCUGACCCUGACAGACAAGCCCCAAAUGUCCCAGACUCCCUGUUCCUGCUGGAGGAGGCCGAGGGGGCACAGGACCCCUUCUUUGGGGUGAUGGGCUUUGAGCACCUGCUGCCUAGUCCCUAUAGGAUCCCUCAGCCAUGGCAGCUGAUGGAGAGCAUGACUCCAGAGCGCCCCAUAGGGGCCCGUCCUGGAACUGCACCAGAGGACGGAGGUUUCAAAUCCCCUCCUGAUGCCAUUACCCUGAAAGAGAAGGAGCAGCUUGGCAUCGUUGCUGCUGAGUUUGAAGGAGCUGAGCUUCCUGAAGCCACUGGCAAAGAGAUUGACAUGCUUCUGGAGCAGCAAGACCAAUUCCAUGACGAGCUAGAAGAGAGGGAAAGGGAGAGAGAGGGAGAGAGAACCAGGGACAUGGAGUCAGGCAUGACCUCCAUUGACCAGCUGAAGGUGUCGGUGGUGGUGGGGGACAGUGUGUGGCUGCUGGACGAGGAGACCGGCCUGCCCAUGGAGGUGCCGUUAGAGGUCAUUCCCAUGGAGAUGACCCCCCCUCCUCAGGUGGCCAUGCCCUCUGCCCCAGACACCUCCGAGAGAGCGGGGGAGUCAGCAAGUCAGUCAGAGAGGGGGACGGAGAAAGCGGCAGAAAGUUCCUGUGGCGAGCUCCCCCAUAUAGAUGCUCCUCCUCCUAUGAGGCGGGGUCGCAGGCGCCAGCUCAUCUUUGCAGACCCUCAGGUGCAGAUCUCCCAGGAUACCAUGCGGGUGCAGAUCGAGGACACUAAGGCUGAGACUCUGCUCCUGUCUCAGGUGCUGAUAAACUUUCCUGCCCAGAAGAAGCUCCUCCCAGCAGAGCUCUACACUGCCCCUUCUGGCUCUCUCCUGCACCCUGACCUCCUGUUGCUAUGGAAACAGUGCGCCGUCCUCACUACGCUUCCUCGCACCGGGGAGAGAGGCAGUGAGGAGGAGGGCAGCUCCGAGAUGGAGAGAGUGAGGAUAGAGGUGGAGAGGAAGAGGAUGGACUCUAGCAUGCGAGAGAUCCCACGAGAGUUGCUGAAAUCAGGAGGAACAGCCCCAUCUGAAGCAUCAGCCGAGGUUCUUCUAGACGUGUCCAGAGAGGACAAAUCCCUCGAGCAGAUCACCCCUGGCAGCAGAUGGUCUCCUAUGGAAGAAGCCCCAGUGCCUAUGGAGGCUAUAGAAGAGGAACAUGUGGCUCUACCAGACCGAGAAGAGAAGACCGAAGGUAGAGGGGUCACUGCCGAGGGCCUGUUGAGUGUGGUGUCCUCGUACCUCCUGAGGUUUGGGAAAGUCACCUUUUACUCUCUGUUGCCCCUGGAGGCAGACCGCACUACUGCAGCCCACAUUCUCUCCAAACUGCUAGAGCUGGUGUCUGCUGGGGACCUGGCUGUAUGUCAGGCUGAACCCUACAGCCCCAUCACAGUCAUCCCUGGACCACUCAGCACCGUGCAGGCCUGAGGAACAGAGGAUGUCUCCACCAGCGUUUGACUUGGACAGGAUUUCACCGCAGCUGAGUACUGGCACCUCAAAUGUUCUACUGCUUAAGCUCCUGUUCCUCUUAUGGAAUAUUAGCUUAAAAAGUAUUGUGGAACUCCUGCACCUAAUUAUAAACAGUACCAGCACCGGCACCUAUUUCAGUCCAAGUUAAGCAGUGGUCUCCACACACACGGGAUGUGUGCGGCCAUACUUUUAAGAGUAAUAAUGUUCAUGUCCCAAAUAUCGUUCAUACGAGAUCAUCACCUCAAACUGAUUUGUAGGACACACCCAAAACGAUGACCUCUUGGAGUUACCAUUUUUUGUAACCUUUAUAAGUGAAACCUUUUUAUAAGAAGUGAAAUUACUGAAGGGAAAAGCUUUUUUAUGCAAAGUUGGUAUUUUUUAAAUUAAUCUAUUGAAUAGCGUAUUUAUUAUUCAGAUAUUUUUAUACUAAUUUGUCAACCGUCAUACAAAUUGAUAUUGUUGACAAAGUUUUUGUUUAACCUUUGGUGGUUUUUGUAUCUUAUCAAUUGUGGUAUGAUGUUGCACUGUUCUUACGUUGAAGCAUUCAUUCAAUGUAUUUUUUAAAUAAAAUGCAUGUUUACUC